UUCUCUAGCUGUUCAUAAAAUCCCUCACGAAGAAGACGGUCAGCUUUUCCAUGGAAACCCGACGCCUUUUUGAGUCAAACCAGCCAAAUGUCGUGAUUUUCGGACUGGUUUGAGGUUUGAGUGAACGCGAAACCAAACCGAACGGUUCUGUUUCUCGAAGAAGGCCAAUUAGAGUCCAACAAGCUGCGUUAUUAGCAUGCUAAUGUAGUUUUAGCUAGCUGCCGUGGGUGUUCGCCCCGCGGAAAAUAACCUAAAAACCAGAAUUUAAUUUAGGAAUGCGAAACGCUGAAAGAAGGAGAGCGGUGCAGAGAUGUGGCGCAGAGGCGGCGGCAGAUCGGCUGUUCUGAACCGGGCUGAGGCGCUGCUGGCGGGCAGGAGCAGCGGGACACAGGGAUCGUUCAAGACUGCAUCCAAGCCCCCAAAUAAACAGGUUUCAUUCCAUAAUCUGAGUGACUUGUCUGCAGACAGCUCAGCUGAUGCUACAGGAGGAGAGGAGAACUCAGAGCAGGAUCUCAGGCCUCACAGUCGUUUCGGUGGAGGCAGCAGGUUUCUGAAAAAGGCUCCUCCACCAAAAAGCAGCAGCCAGUCGCCCGUCAGUAGAAAGCAGAACCUGCUGGAACCCAGGUCUGUUCCAGCCUCCCAGCAGGAAUCGCAAAGCAAAAUCCCGGCUGAGCCUCGGAGCAGCGUUCAGGCCUCAGAGAAUACUGUACGUGAGGCGAGCGGAGCCUCGCUGCUCAGCAUCUCUACAGCGUCGGCCACUCAGCAGCGUCCAGCACAAUGGAACUGCGAGCAGAGCCCGGGGGGAAGCCGCUUCCUGAGGAAGAAGAAGAUAGGGACAGGUGCUGCACCUGCUGCAGCUCUGACAACAGGCGCGGAUGUCGGGGAUACACCUUUACUGGAUUUAGAGAGCAAGCCUGGGAGAGCAGAGCGAGGAGUUAGUGUGGACAGUGAUGAAGAAUACAUGAGGAAACUGCUGGGAGAUUCAGUGGAUCCGUCAGACAGCAGUUUGGCAGAAGAGGGUAGGCGUUCGCCUCUGAAGGAACCACAGAAGAGGACCUCCUCCACCCCGUCGCCCCCCAGCUCGGCGUCCCACCGCCGUUCUCCUUUCAGAUACUCGGGGCAGGGUCAGAACCACUUCAACCCCUCUGUUUCAUCUCCAUCGACUCCCCUCCCAGAGAUGACGGGGGACUCUCCAAAGGCAGAGAGUCCACGGCGCCUCUCCUCCUCCUCAUCGGAAUGUGUCGAAGUUCUCUCUGUGGCGGAGCAGCUCCUCCGGGGGUCUGUUUCUUCUGAAGCUCAGAGUAAAAAGAGCGAGGUUUCUGAAGACUUCCACAUCAAUAUUAAGAAUCUGGACGAGCUCAUUCCAGCGUCUACUUCACAAGCAGGAUCCCAGGAUCAAAGCAAACAGUCUGACCCCGGGUCGUGGGGAGGUCACCAGCAGUUGUCCCAAGAGGACGAGGAGGUGCAGGACUACCAGAGCGACUUUCACAGCUACAGCGGCGGCACCCGGGUCUCAGAGGAGCUGUCGGAGGACGAGGAGGCGCCGUCUGAGAUCAGGAGUGAUAGUACCGAAUCAGAAGUUUCCUCCUCGUUAGAGCCACGCCGCCAUGCCUCACAGACUUCAGUCAGAGGCUCAUCUAAGCAAAGGAGGAUCAGCUCUUCAUCCAAAAAGCCUUUAAAGGACGCCGCCGUUCAGACGCAGCCUGACCAUCUGACUCAUGACGAUGCUUCUGUGCCGCCCAGUGUCGCCGCAAUCUACCUAAGCGCAGCUGCAGGGAGGGGCUACGCACUCAGCGCAGAGCAACUGGAAGACAUCAGCGCGUACAACCCGGCUGUGUUUGUGGUCAGCGAGGUGCUCAAACAGCAGCUCGCCAUGACCAAGGAGUUAGUGGACAGUAAUAGACGUCUCCACGCCAACCUGAUGCAGAGCCUGGAGCCCCCCAGCUACAGAUACACCACCCUGCGGGACACCAUCCAGAGCAUCCGCAGACUUAGACCUGCCAAACCUGCCACGGAGAGACACCUGGAGGAGGUUCUGCAGGAAUUCAAAUACAAUCUUCACUCUGACACAAACUGACAUGGCAGCUUCAGGAGCUUUAAAGGGGCUGAAGGCACAGAGUCCGGCUGCAGCCUCGCACCUCAGUACGGGUCGUUGAAGGGGUACAGAGGGUGUCCUGCGUCUCUGGGAACACGCUGCCCCUCCACCUGUAACACCCAGAAUGCAAAGUCACGUCUCUGGAGCCGUGCACCACCACCACCGACUGUAUUUUUAGCUCUCACUUCUAUCAUUGGAACGAUGUAACGGCAGCCUCUGUUCAAUGCCGUGAUGCUUUUCACCUCCUCUGGUUCCAGACUGAAGUCAAACACCUGAAGAGACGUCAACUCAUCACAAAUCCAUUGUAUGUAGGAAGUUAUGAGCUAAAGUGCACUUAACCAGGACACUUUCACAAUGGUAAACGUAUUUUAUACUACAAGAAAUAAUAAUAAAAAAUAAAAAAAAUA